AUGAAGCCGGCGCUGCGCUGCAGCAAGAGCUGCAGGGCCUGCGAGAAGGUUUUGCCGCUCACGGCGUGGCUUGGCUGCGCGGGGAGCUCGCGAAGAAGACCGUCAAGCAGUUGCGGGCGCUGGCUGGGGCUGCGGGUGUGCAGCAGCGCUCUGAAGCUGGCCUGCGAAACAGAGAGGAGCUUCUGCACGCUCUGUUGCAGUGCCUUUCCGGGCAGGAGGCGUCAUGGGGAAGCAAUAUUUUCUGUCGAUGCUUCGUUUCUCACCCCCCUUUACUGCCCGCCACCUGACGUUUUCAUCUUGCUUGCUUUUUUUGGCUUCGACGUUUCUACGUCCGGGCAGGCAGACGUCGAGGACGUUGUCAGCGCAGAUGGCUUGCGGAGUUGGGCAGCAGAGCUCGGCGAAAGCGCGGCUCGGUCUCUUCGGGGCAGGCUUCGUAAAUGGCGGUUCCGAGGCGACGGGCCCAGUUUACAGCACCUGGCGGCGGAGUUGGGAGUCGCCUUUGAGAAUGUGAGCAGGAUCAAUUUGACUGAGCGCAUCGUCCUGGCGUUGUGUCCUGCCGCUGCUCCGAGCGCAAGUUCGGACAUCAAGUACCACGUCUGGAGAUCCCUCCGAGCAGCUCACGAAGCUGGAGCAGACACUGUUGCAGCGGUGGUCCUUGCUGCUCCUGACAUCUUCGAGGAUGUGAACUUGCGCAGAUCUGCCGCUGCUUACUCGCUGGACAUUACUGCCACAGUCUUUUGCGACAGGCAUCUUUCUUCCGCUGCAGAGCAGCAGCUACUUGCGGAGCUGCUUUUGAAGGCUCUGCCGCAUUGGCCAGAGGUAGAUGUUGCGUUGGCCCCGGAAGUGAGCACUGCGUGGGAAGCUGCUGUAGCUAGCUUGAGAGGAGUGAGAGUGCCAUCUCUUUCUGCGCCUUUGCAGCAAUGUCUUCUGGCCGCUGUGCUUGAAGAUCGUGCAGAUCAGCGAGCAGGUGAGCGUCAGAAAUUGUCUUUUUAUCACUUUUCCCGAAAGCAUCGCGAAGGGUUCUUCCGUGCGGAGCCCCCUGACACAACAACAUAG